AUGCAGCUCUCACAAAAGAACCAAAAGCUCGCCCUGGCCGCCGCCGCCGGAGUAGCAGCCAUGCUCGUGAUCCGGAGAAAAUUGCGAACAAAAAUCCGCGCGGCCUUCGACAUCGGCAGCGGCGAGCACAAAUUAGUUGUGGCGGCGGUCCACGGCACCAGCGUAAAAGUGCUCCACAGCGAGGUCUCGACGGUGCUCCUGGCGCAGGAUUUGACGCGGCCCGGCGGCGACGGCGCGCUGAGCGCCGGCGCGCUCCGCGCGUCGAAGGAGGCUCUCAAUGAUUUAGCCGAGCGCGCGGCGGCCCAGGGCGCGCAGGCCAAGGCCGGCGUCGCGACGGCGGUGUUCCGGCGCGCCCGGAACGGCGAGCAGCACCUGAAAAAAUGCAGCGACGCCCUCGCGCUCAACCUGAGGAUCGUGCCGCAGUCGACGGAGGGCGAAUUGGGCUUCCUGACGGCCUGCGCGGCGGCCGGGCGGGAGGUCGCGUGUGCGUGGGACUCGGGCGGCGGCUCGUUCCAGCUGUCGGCGCGCGUCGGCGGCGGCGGCGUCCGCGUCUACGCGGGACCGCUCGGCAACGCCGACGCCUUCGCGCGGUUGCGGGAUAUGGGCGGCGCCACGUCGCAGAACGUGAAGGCUGUUAUUGCUGCGCUGACUGACGAAUUACCACCGGCGCCCGCGUGGCUCGCCGCCGCGCUGCAGGAGGGGCCCGCCGUGGCGUUCGGGCAUCGCUCGUCGUGCUUCCGCGUGGCCUGCGACGCCAUCGGCGCGUCGGGCUUCGCGCCGGAGGACGUGAAGCGCGCCACCGCAAAAUUAGUGUCGCUGGGCGACGACGGCGCGCGCGCCGACUGGCUCCAGUACGUGGCCCAGGGCCACGCGCACGUCGUCGCGCCUCUAUCGGAUAGGGCGGCCCUCGACGAGCCCUACCCCGAGCCGCAUCUCGCUCUAGCGAAGCUCGUGCUCGUCGCGGCCGUGAUGGCGAAACUGAACGUGGAGCGCGUCGAGUACCACGAGACGAACGGGUCGUGUUUGGGGGUGUUGCUGCACGAGCCGUUUUGGGACUAAGUUGAGGGGUAUUUUAGGCAGGUGUCCCGAGAGACACGGUGGGAUCGAUGCGUUGCCAAACGGCCGCUUAGGGGCAGAAGAGUCUGCGGUGCUCCUGUUCCUCCGCGGUGAGGGCCGUCGUCUCCUCCGCGGUGAGGCGGCGGCGGCCUGUGUGGAAAUCAACCAGUGUGUCGGGUGCUCCACGCCAUCGAGCAGGCGUCGCGUCGAUGGCGUGGAGGACGACGCGAUGAUUCAGCACGAACGCGCCUUAAAAUUUUGAUUUCCACCCAGGCGGCGGCAUUCGUACGCGCAACAACCCGUCGCCACGGCGCCGAAGCGCAAAUUACGGCGACCGCACUGCUCAUACCACACGCACCCACUACAGGUGUUGGUGCAUUGA